AUGCCUGUACCAACACAAGAUCAAUUUAAACACUUUGCUAAUCGUUUUGAGCUACUAUGGAACCUUCCCAAUUGCAUUGGUGCCUUGGACGGGAAGCACAUUCAAAUUGAGAAAUUUCCACACACAGGUUUUGAAAAUUUUAAUUAUAAACAUUUUCACUCUACAGUACUUAUGGCAUGCUGUGACGCAGAUUGCCUUUUCACCAUCAUUGAGCCGGGUUUUGCUGGACGUAACAGUGACGGAGUAAUUUUUAAAGCAUGUGCAAUGAACUACUGGAUGACCCAUGGGGGUUUUAACAUCCCCUCACCCUCCUCAUUACGACAUGAUGAAAGUAACACUCCAUUUCCUUACUACUUUGUCGGAGAUGAAGCGAUUCCACUGUCUCGAAACUUAUUGAGACCCUAUUCAAGUAGAACCCUUGAUAAUACGAAGAGAAUAUUUAAUUAUAGAUUGAGACGCGGAAGAAAAUCUAUUGAAUGUGUGUUUGGUAUGGCAGCAGAAAAGUUUGCGGUGUUGAAUGGGCCCAUACGAUGUCGUGAUCCAACAACAGUGAAUGAUAUAAUAAAAUCUGCCUGCAUCCUUCACAAUUUCGUAUGGAAACGAGAAGGAAUUGAGUACAGACCCCACGACACAGCAAAAAUGGACGAGACCGCGGAAGUACCAACCAACAUACGAGUACGAGAUAUGUCUAUACACGAAGGUUCUUCAGCGACUACUUUGAGGAAUCAUUUGGCAAACUAUUUUCUUUCUCUUCGUACAAGUCUCCCCUGGCAGUGGAAAUUCGCAGUACCGGAAGGGAAUACAGAAUAA